AAACAGUCUAUGGUGACAACGUUACGCCGUAGCCAUAGCAACAGCCAGAGCAUGGCUCAGGACAGGAAAAGAAUCAGUCAAACUUUUGGGUAUUUUAUGAUAAUUUUCGACUUUAUUUCACAAGAGACAGGUGACUAUGGGAGACGAGGAGAGAUCUACGGAGGCGGAGCAGGAGGGGGAGGAGGAAGUGAAGCUGGUCCUUCACUGUCCUCCCAUCUACCCGCUGCCUGAAGGGAUAAAAAAGAUGGAUCGCAGUGAGACGAUGUGUCGUUACUGCGGUGUGAGCUACCUCAUUUUCCACGAGUUCCACCAGCUCAACAGUCGAGUGGCUCAGCUGGAGGAAGAGCUCCGGGAACAGAGGGGGAGCACCCAGAGAGAGAAGGCCCAGCGAGAGGCACUGGAGCUGGGCAGGCUGGAGUGGGAGAGGGCAUGUCACCUGGAAGUCCAGAGACAUGUAGAGGAGAAAGUGAAAACCACAAGAGAGGAGUUUGAGGAGAGUCACAGAGACACAGAGAGAGCCAUGAGAGAGGAGUUUGAACAAAAGAAGGAGAACAUGAAAGAGGAUUAUCAGAAAAUCAACAAGGAAAAAGAGAGGAUAGCACUGAGAGACGUAGAGUCGGAGAGGAAGAAGCAAGAGGAGCUGGAGAGGAAGUCUGAGGAGAGGGAGAAAGUUCUGAGUGACGCACUUCAAAAGGCCAAUAAAAAUGUGGAGGAGCUGAGGAAAAGCUUCCAACAGCUGGAGGAGAGGCUGGCAGCAGCGACAGCUUCCACGAAGGAGGAGGCAGAGCAGUUACUCGGAAAAGAGAAGCAGGAAAAAGAAAACCUGAGAGGAGUGUGUGUGCGGCAGCGGCAGGCCCUGCGAUCGACUCUCUCCGUGCUCCGGGCCUCUGGCAGCGAGCUCACAGACGUACGGGGUUUCCUCAGCCAGCUGACAGGGGCCUGGCAGGCCUUCAGAUCCCAGAUACUGCAGCACAGCACACAGGUGUUUUCAGUGCUGACAGGGGAGCUGAAGCAUUCCAGUGUGGAGCUGCAGAAAAUGAGAGAAGAGGAAGAGCGCCUAACUCAGCAGCUGAUGGAGCAGAGGAGACAGAGUGAGGAGCAGCUGUCCCGUGAGAAACACUCUGAGAGCCUGCACCGGGACAAACUACUCAGGUUAAAAGAGGAGUUGGAGGAGAAACACGAGAUGUGGUUGUCGUGCCAACAAAGGUAUGACACCAUGCAGGAGCAGCUGUCGUCAUGGCAGCAGAGAGAGGCACAGAUGAGGAGGAAGUACCGCGCAGCUGAAGAGGAAGUGACGCGACUGAGAGAAACCCUGGAGAAGACCCAGGAGGAAACGAGGGAGCUGAGGAGAGACAGGGAGAUGUUGAUAAAGUCCCAUAGCACAGUCCUGACCAAGAUGGAGGAAGACUGCAGACAACAAAUAAAGUCAGGGCUGGCUGCAGCCCUAGAAGACCAGAAGACCCAGAAUGCAUUGCACCUGAAGGAGCAGAUGAAGGAGUUUCUGAGGGACGCGCAGUUGGAGCUGACCAUUGAGAGGGAGAAGAACCAACUGCUGCUCCGACAGCACCAGCGGGACAACACACAGCUGCAUCAAAAGUUGGAGGAGAGAGAGCAGGUGCUACAAGAACUGCAGGACGAGCUGAAGGAGGAGAGGAAGAGCCGAGAGGAGGAGAAACUCCAGGAAAUGCAGCACUCCCAACAGCAGGAGGCGCUACAGCUGAGCCGAGCUGAAGCUGAACUACAGCUGCUGACGGAGAGGAACGCUGAACUUCAAGAAGAGGUGGCGUUACUCCAGGAGACGGUGAGCAGGGAGUGUGAGGAGAGGGGGGGGCUGACGGCUGCUCUGUCUGAAGCUCAGGAGGAGCUCCUGGGGCUGCGAUCCCCAGCGUCUCAUCAGCACUCCCCCAGAUCUCACCUCACAGGGAGACAAACUCCCCCGGGGUGCAGGCAGAGUCAGACCCGGGUGGCUCCUAAUCGCUCUUUGAACUCCCCAAACACACUGCGACCCCCCCCUGCCGUCACAGACAAAGAGACAGGCCGGGGCACGGAUAGAGGAGGGGCGGAGAGGAGCUUUCCAUGUUGGAAAAGUGGUGGGGAAAAAAGACGGGAGGGGACGCUGCCCAGACUGAAGCCAGCAGCACAGUGAAGUCAGAAUAUAGGACAUUAAAACAUAAGGUCAGUUUAGAGAGGAGGAGGAAGGGGGAAAACAGGGGAAUAAAUGAAGCACUGUAUGUGAUUUAAAUAGCUUUUCAAAAAAACACAAUUGUAAUGUUGUUUUGAACUUUCAUUUUGAAAGUAUUUUCAUAUUAUUGCUGUAUUUUAACUGUGUUUUUAUUCUUCCCUUAGAAUUGA